AUGGUCUCCGUGGGGUAUCUUGCUGUAAUUACCAAUGAGGAAGCGAGGAAAAAUGAGAAAAGAAAAGAUUACUUUUGUAGCAAAAAAAAAGUAAACUAUACUCCUGACAUAGUAGGAAAAUUAAAACUUAUCCAAGAUGAUAGUGAUGUUAAGUUUUAUCAAUAUUUUAUUCAAGAUGAAUUCAGACUUUAUAAAGAAAACGAGAAAGAGAAAUCAUUAACUAACUUAGAAAAAAAUACUAGUCAAGACAUUGAAAAAUUAAGUAAUUACUUUGCUAAGAAAGUAGUGGGAGACAAUGAACAACAAUUGCUUGGAGUUUUUAAUGCUUUACGCCGAGGACAUAAAAAUUGA